CAACCAUCAACAUAUCCAUCCUCUAGCCAACCUCCAUCGCCCCUCCAAUACCUCUCAUCAGCUUCUGCAGCUUCCCCUAAUCCUUCAUCAUGGACGAUAUCCUUGCCAAGUACACCUCCCCUCAUGACGACGAGUUCUAUCCCGAGGACGAAGAGGUCCCGAAACUUACCACUACAAAGCCAUCGCUCAAACAUAACUUCUCUCUACCUCCCAUCGCCCAGCCCACAGGUUUUCUGCGUGCUCUGACGGAUGAUUAUUCCAACCCCGACUGUCCGAUUAAGCUCGCCCAUGGGACUACUACCCUUGCCUUCAGAUUUCAGGGCGGGAUCAUCGUAGCUACAGAUUCCCGUGCGACCCAGGGAAGCUGGAUAUCUUCGCAGACCGUGAAGAAGGUUAUUGAGAUUAAUGAUAAAAUGCUCGGAACCAUGGCCGGAGGAGCGGCAGACUGUCAAUACUGGCUUGGCUAUCUCGGCGUGGAAUGCAGACUUCACGAGCUCCGCCACAAGCGCCGUAUCUCCGUCGCCGCGGCAUCCAAAAUCCUGUCCAAUCUUGUCUACACCUACAAGGGAAUGGGCCUAUCCAUGGGAACUAUGAUCGCUGGUGUCACCGCCCUCGAAGGUCCGGCGCUCUAUUAUAUUGACUCGGAUGGAACUCGGCUUGCCGGGAAUCUCUUCUGCGUUGGCAGUGGUCAAACAUUUGCCUAUGGUGUGCUAGACAGGGAAUACGACUACGACCUUAGCACCGAAGAAGCAUUGGCGUUGGGCUCGAGGAGUAUCCUGGCAGCCACCCACAGAGAUGCAUACUCCGGUGGUUCAAUAAACCUCUACCACGUCAAGGAGGAGGGAUGGACAAGGCAUGGCUUCACGGACACCAACCCUGUAUUCUGGAAAACGAAGUUGGAGAAAGGAGAAUUCUCAAAUGUCUCGACCGACUUUUAAGAUAUUAUUUUCUAGAGAAACACCUUGCCAUUAGGC